AGCGCGCGAGGAUGCUGAGACUGGAGAAUAAACGAACAGGUUGUGUGAAGAACGGUGAGACCGCAACAUCACGCUCUCCCGUUUAACAGGGAUGCGGUAUUAUAAAGAUUUCUCUGAACAAGAAAGAGGACGAGGGCGAUAUGAAAACAACAUUUAAAGAAGAAGAAACCCAAGGAAAACUGCUACUACACAGCAAGACAGGACAUCAGAAAUAGAUCAUGCUCUGCCAAAAGGUUUUUUGAAAUGCAAGGAUCUUCGAACAAAGAACAAUUUAUACUUAAAAUGGAUAACGAAAGUUUUCCCAGCGAAGUGGACAAUUUCUUGGACAUCAGUUCCAAUUCAACUGGGAAUUCCAGCCGUCAGUACUGGUUGCCUACCAUGAUAGGUCUCGCGGGUUUGGUGAGCUUUCUCAUCUUGUUUACUAUAGUCGGGAAUGUGCUCGUUGUGAUCGCCGUUUUAACGAGCAGAGCGCUCAAACCGCCACAGAACCUUUUUCUCGUGUCUCUAGCUAGCGCGGACAUUCUAGUGGCCACGCUGAUAAUGCCUUUCUCUCUCGCAAACGAACUGAUGGGUUAUUGGUUCUUCGGGAAAGUUUGGUGUGACAUUUAUCUGGCGUUAGACGUCCUUUUCUGCACGGCGUCCAUUUUUCACCUGUGUGCCAUAAGUCUGGACAGGUACUGGUCCGUGACGCAGGCAGUCGAAUACAACCUGAAGCGGACACCUCGUAGGGUAAAAGGAAUGAUCGUAGUGGUGUGGCUCAUCUCAGCCGUGAUCUCGUUCCCACCACUCAUCUCCAUGGACCGUAACAGUGAAGGUGAUAAGCGGUGUGAGUUGAAUGACCACACGUGGUACAUCCUGUACUCGAGCAUCGGCUCCUUCUUUGCGCCUUGCGUCAUCAUGGUUCUCGUCUACAUCAGGAUCUACCAGGUGGCCAAGACGCGCACCCGGACCAUGUCAGAGAAGCGCCACGAGCCAGACGGUGGGGCGGAGGUGCCGCGCCUGCAGAACGGGCUGAGCCGCGACGACUCAGGUCAGGAAAACGGACACUGCGCCUCGCCGCCGCCCGGCGGGCAGAAAGCUGGGGAGGACGAGCCGGACGCGGAGCUAGACGACAGCAGUUCGUCCGAGGAAAAGGCCAAGCAGCCACGCCAUGGCUCGUCGAGCGGUCGAAGGGACCGCCGGACCAGCCGCAAAAACAGCUCCAGCUCCAAGCACUCCAGCCGCAAGUCCCGCGCCAGCAGUAAGUCCCUGGACCUGUUCUCCUCUCGGAGGAAGAGGAGGAACACCAUGUCCAGGAAGAAGAUCUCACAAGCCCGUGAGAAGCGCUUCACCUUCGUACUGGCCGUGGUCAUGGGGGUGUUUGUGGUCUGCUGGUUCCCCUUCUUUUUCAGCUACAGCCUGUACGCAAUCUGCCGGAAGGCCUGCGAGAUCCCCAACCUCCUCUUUAAGUUCUUCUUCUGGAUCGGCUAUUGCAACAGCUCACUCAACCCUGUCAUCUACACCAUCUUCAACCAGGACUUCCGCAGAGCAUUCCAGAAGAUUCUCUGCAGGUCCUGGAAAAGGCCUUUUUAGCAGAACCUGGUGAACGGGUGGCCAGAGCGGCACUGACACUAGUUCUGUGUAACGGACAUGACAGACCAGCCAUCGGAUAUUUAAAAGAAUGCAAUUCCUCUUGUACACAUUGUGGCAGUAUUAUUCAACGACGUCCCUGCCCCAUGCAUCUCUGCCUUGACAAUCUUCCCACAACGUAGAUAUUCAGAACAAUCUGUCAUACUGUAAUAGGCUCUGGGGUUUGCACGGACGGCAGCUGCUGUGGUCGAUGGGUGCUGGAUGCCUCGGAAACGCCCACCUAUAACCGGCAGCACUGGACCAUGUUUGCAGAACUGGGCUUAUCUUAAUUACAGCCAUGGACACUUCUGAGAUAUCAAGAGGUGUAUUUACGAUACGUUUGCACAGAUGGCUUUUCUCUUUGGGACUAGAGGGCUAUGUAACAUGAAAGUCCAUUUCCUUCUGAACAGAGACACAAUUAAAAGUGGUGUAAUGAAUGACGGGAGGGUGUUGUCCCUUUCCAGCGGACUGAGAGGAAGGAGCAGGUGGAUGAAACACAGUCCUGGCAGAAAAGAACUCUACUCACUUCAACUCUCCACCCUUCUGCUUUGACUCAACACUGCUGCUGAUGCUCUUUUGCCAUAGGAUGCCAUUAUGAGAUAUGGACCAGGCAGGUAUUUGCGUUGUCUGUUCAAAAGAAGCUGUAUAUGAUCUUAAGCGAUUAGAAAUAUUUAUACAACAUUAUUGCUCUUCAGGAUUUGAUUAUGGAUUUGCUAACCAGCCGAUGCUGUUUUCUGACCAUGCUUGUUGGUUCUACCAUAUUGUACUAUGAUGUUGCAUAUGACACUGUAUGAUAUACAUUACAAAGGGCAAAACCACUAUGGUUGACUGUUUUUUUUUUAAUGUUCCUGAAAGUCUCAACCUUCCUGAAUGUUGAGCUAAUUUUCAUUUUUGUUUCAUUUUGUGAUAUCUCUGAAUGGACCAACUGGUCACCACAAGCACAUUUG